GCAAUGGGUCGCAUUGUGGGUCGGAUCUGGGUCGGCUUCACGACAUGCCUCAUUGCGUUUAUUGCCUACUCUUCUCAAGUAUUUGUCAUUUGGCCAUGGUAUGGACGCGCGUUUUCCGUGGAACUGCUGCAACUUCUCCUUCCAUUCAACUUUCUGGUUGGAAUGUUAUACUGGAACUACUACUUGACUGUCACCACCGAUCCAGGACGCGUUCCCAAAUAUUGGGAGCCAGAUACGCACUCAGAAGAGGGUUAUGAAGUAAAGCCGCUCUCAGGAAGACCGCGAUAUUGUAGAAUGUGUGACUCGUAUAAACCGCCACGGACCCAUCAUUGUCGCCAAUGUAGACGAUGUGUUCUACGUAUGGAUCAUCACUGUCCCUGGGUGAAUAACUGUGUCGGCCAUUUCAACUACGGACAUUUCAUCCGCUUCCUCUUUUACGUUGAUGUUGCGUGUUCGUAUCACUUUGCUAUGGUUACUCGUAGAUCAAUUGACGCCAUGAAUGCACGAUAUUGGGAGGGUCCAGAUACGGUGGAGUUCAUAUUCAUGAUCCUCAAUUACGUGACUUGCGUGCCCGUCCUUCUCGGAGUAGGCGGAUUCAGCUUAUAUCAUUUCUACUGCCUGAGUAACAAUACAACGACAAUUGAAGGCUGGGAGAAAGAUAAAGUCGCGACGCUCGUAAAGAGGGGAAAGAUUCAUGAGGUUAAAUUUCCAUACAAUAUUGGACGUCGUGAGAAUGUCGAGUCUGUGCUAGGCAAAAAUCCUCUCCUGUGGUGUUGGCCUUCGGUUCCACCCGGAAAUGGCCUAAAGUUCCCUGUUGCAGAUGCUGAUGGUAGGUGGUUUGCUCUCAAUGACCGCCAACGGGAGCGCGAGGAGUUUGAGGAGGUGUAUGAAGACGCAGGUCGCCAAGUGUGAAGCAAAAUAUUGCAUUUAUCUUGAUCGUGCUUCCCUGCCGUCCGUUCCACCUUACUUCCCCCUUUCUCAUCCAUUAUUCUGCGGUUCUUGACUGAUUCUGAUCUUGCGAUCCCACGGUGUAGAUGGAGCAGCGCAAGUCUGGCCGCCUGAAGACCCAAAUGACACUCGGGCUUACGACUUCAAUCACGAUGAAGAGGAUGACGGACAUGCUUUGGAGCUACCAGACUCACCAUGGACAUACGAGAACGGUUCUGUAAACCCCUCAUUGGAACCAUCCAACGCUUUUCGCAGACGAGCAACACAAGCAUCCAGACAAUCCCAUCGUCCGGAAGAAGGCAACGUGUCAAAAGUUCCUCCGUACCAUCCAGAUUACGGCAAAUCACCUCCGUCUGCAUUAAACAACCGCUAUUCUUCUUCCGAGGGAAGUGAAGAGAGCGACAGCGAUGAGUAUCGAUACUAUGGAGGGAAACGACGCGUGCGUCGAGGAUCGGAAGGACUGGAAGUUAGAAUGGGUGCAGCGGACCGUGAGGCGAUCUUAAGGCGGUAUAUGUUUACUCGGGGUCCUGAGAUUGGGAAAUACCGGGUGUACAAACCAGAGCCUCAUUCACCUUCGUUGUCACCUUCCCCGCCUAUUGAACAAGUACCGGACGAAUUGCCUCUUGGUGCGGAAGCGGGCAACCAUUAAUCCGUGAAAAGGACUGUUCGUCUUUAUCCUUCUUUUCUUUGCACCGAAAUCUCAAUCUCAAAGGCCCGAGAAGCUCUCAUCGCAUCUCACAACGACCUCGAAGCAGCAUUAGAAUGGAUUCAAAAAGACCUCGCAGUUUCAGGCGCUAAAAAGGCAGAGAAAGUCGGGGGACGAGAAACGAAGGAAGGUCUUAUAGCUGUUUCGUUACUUUCACCUGGCUAUGGACAAGGAACGGGCGGAGUGAGAGCUAGUAUGGUUGAGAUUAAUUGCGAGACGGAUUUCGUUGGGAGGAACGAGUUGUUUGGGAAGUUGGUGUCGGAUAUUGCACAUACGACUGCGUUUCAUGCAGAGGCUCCUGAGGACUUUCAGGAAAACCCGAAGUUGCUUCGACCGUUCCCUUUAGAAUCUCUCCUCGAUGCACCGUUAAUGCAGAAGAACUCACCUUCUGAGUUGUCUUCGACGGCUACUGUUAGCUCCGCCAUCCGUGACACAAUCGCCAAAGUCGGCGAAAACAUCUCCCUUCGACGCGCGAUUAGCGUCGUUCUCCCCCCAGCUCCCGAGUCCGUACAAGCAGGUAUCCGGGUCGCUUCAUACGUCCAUGGGACCACAACAGACCCAACACGAGGCCGUAUGGGCACUCUCGCACUCACUUACCUCAAAACUCCCAACCUCAAGGAAGUCUUCGCGAAAGAAGGCU